UUUUUUUUCAGUGGAUUGCUUUGUUGAGUGACAUUUUCAGUGGCGGCUUGUGUUUAUAGUUUCUGUUCAAGUUGCUUGUAAAAUUGUAAAUUUAAUCAAUUUUCACAUUUAAACGAAAGGAUUUUGUGAAGUAACGCAAUGACCGAUUCAGAAGGAAGGACGCCCGUUAAAAUAAAAGAAGAAACUGACGAUGAGCCCAAUUUGAUGAGCUUGGAGAAACUUGACCGAGGAACGCCAGAAAUAUGGCCUGAAAAAGCAUCAUUGGACAGCUACACAAUUAUUCAAACCUUUGAACACAAUGAAUCGAAUCUGUCCGCGCUUCCGUCAAAGUGGGUGAACAAAAAAGGUUGGAACGGCGGAACUCCAGAUCGAAUGUCGGUGAUUGCCGGGAACGAUCUGUGCUACUGGCCCAAAGGUGCGUCCGGCUAUCGCCUUCUGGAGCAAGCCAAGCUGGAUCCUACCAUCGCAAUUGACAAACGAUUUCUGUCGGCAUUUCGGUGCAAAAUUUUGAAAGAAAACAUACCAACGUAUGUUGAGGCUAUCUGCGAGCAGAAAACUCUGGAAAAGGAGUUGAAUGAGCUAAACAAGCAGCCACUGCCAACAGCUUCCGCGUCUCUGCCAUCGGAUCAGGGAGCCGAAGGAAACGUUCUACUGUCUCAAAUUCUUUCCACGGUGGAAUCGUUGCAAAGGCAAGUGCAAGUAAUCGCCAAGGAUCAGCAAACGACAAAGACGCAAGUGAAUAAGUGCUAUCACUUGUUGCUGCAAAUCAACGACAGGCUCAACGAAGGUCCUCCUCAAACGCCUCAACCGCUGGGCGUGUUGGAAAUCCCAAGCUCCUCGAACGCGACAGACCCAACCAACACGAUUCCGUUGAAACCGGUGAAAUCGUUGGAAGAUAUGGAAGCUCUACAGGACCACGCUCGCGAUCCACUGUUUGUGCAGAGCGUUAUAAGGUCCAUGGGGAUGAUCCACGGCAAGUGUCGGCACAUGGGCGAAGGUCGGACGAUUUGUCUGCGCGUUGUAGACUACUUUUUCGAUCGCCGCUUCAUGUUGACCUGCUCCUGGACUGGCACUGCCCGCGGCACGGAGAACAAUGGCGCCAGGGCCACGAAAAUCCCCUUCCAGAGGUUCGACAAGGUGAUCAACUUGUUUUACCAGGUGGUGUUGUACUCGGAUCCAACAUUUCUGUAUGACGACUGCCUAACGUUUCUGCACCGGUGCGUGAGGAACGCCAAGCAGCGGUUCGCCGAGGUGAAGGGCAUGCGGCUGUCGGUUGCGCGGAAGCGACGCAGACGGAUGGAGAAGGAACCGGUGGUUGUGAUCGAAUCCAUCGAGGCAGAUGAAGACGAGAGCAACAGCUGCGACAUCAUCAAGGAAGAAUUUGAUCUGGAGGGCCUAUAAACGGUCGAAGUUGUUGUUCCACAGUAUUUAAAUAAAAAAAUGGAUUUCUGAUCGACGUGUA